AUGAAGUUUCUCCUCGCAACCAUCACCUUCCUCAUCCCUCUGUCCUUCGCACUUCCCGCACCGCAAGAGGGUGACACCCAGUGCCAAACCUUCUGCACACUGGAAUACAACCCUCAAUGUGGCAGAGACGAGGCUGGAAAUACCAGGACCUUCUCCAACCCCUGCGUUUUCAGGAAGCACAACUGCGAGAAUCCAGAGCAAGUCUACACGCAGGUUGAGCUCUCGGAAUGCAAUGACUCGACAUCUAAAUAG